UACUUUCUUGGUUGUGAGAAUGGCUGCAAGUUUUCCUACUUUAUUUGUCUCUCUCUUUCCUCUUCCAACCUCAUCCCAUUCCAUUUUCUCAGCAGUACUCAAUUGAUCCCUUUGUUUUUCUAUUCGUUUUGAGAACUUUGUGUGUAUAUGGCCGGCAUAGACUUGGGUUCAGCAUCACAACACUUUGUUCAUCGUCUUCAACGCCCUGACCUUGAAGUUCAUGAUGAGAGUCAAGACCAAGAUCAUGGAAAUAACAACCAUGAAGGGCUUGACCUAGUUUCACCAAAUCAAGGUCUCGGCGACGUUGUCGGACGUAGACCAAGGGGAAGACCUCCAGGCUCAAAGAACAAACCUAAACCACCUGUGAUCAUCACAAGAGAGAGUGCAAACACACUUAGGGCUCAUAUCCUUGAAGUUAGUAGUGGUUGUGAUGUGUUUGACUCUGUGGCUACCUAUGCAAGGAAGCGUCAAAGAGGGAUCUGUGUCCUUAGUGGUAGUGGAACAGUCACUAACGUGAUCCUACGGCAGCCAGCUGCUGCAGGGUCUGUAGUGACUCUCCACGGAAGAUUUGAGAUAUUAUCUUUGUCUGGAUCAUUUCUACCUCCCCCGGCUCCACCAGGCGCUACUAGUCUGAGUGUAUUCCUUGGGGGAGGUCAAGGUCAAGUUGUGGGAGGAAAUGUUGUUGGUCCUUUGGUUGCAUCUGGACCGGUUAUUGUUAUCGCUUCAUCUUUCACUAACGUAGCUUAUGAGAGGUUACCGUUGGAAGAAGAUGAAUCUCUUCAGAUGCAACAAGGACAAUCUUCUACAGGUGGUGGUGGUGGCGGUGAUGGUGUUAAUAACUCUUUUCCUGACCCAUCUUCAGGGCUUCCAUUCUUCAAUUUGCCUCUAAAUAUGCCUCAAUUACCUGUUGAUGGUUGGGCUGGAAAUUCUGGUGGAAGACAAUCUUAUUGAACUUAAUUAAUUGGGGCACAAAGAUUCGAUUCAAAUGGAGAAGAGAAAUGCGUCGCUGGAAGAACAAAUUUACUUGUACAGUGAGAGGGCAAAAGGUUCUAAGUAAUUACGUGUGUUACAUUACUUUUAGGUCGUUUUCUCUAUAUAACUAAGUACGUUAGAUUCACAAAUCCAAAUGUUUUCAUAUAUUUCUUAUUUACAUUAUUUUUAUAAAUUAAA